AUGACUGUUCCUAAAACAAAUUAUAAAAAGAUCGCCGCUCAAAAGCUUAAGCAAAGAGACGCUAAAUUCAUUUCAAAAUGGUUGAUUCCUGAAUCUGCCCUUCCAGCAAAGGAUACUAAGGAUGUCUUACCAUGGAUAUCUAAAUCAGGUUACUUGACUGACUUAGAACUUGAGAUUACUGAAUCAACUGCAACUAAGAUUCUUGAAAAUAUCAAAUUUAAACAAUGGUCAGCUUAUCAAGUUGCUUCAGCCUUUUGUCAUCGUGCUUCAAUUGCUCAUCAAUUAACUAACUGUCUUACUGAAGUAUUCUUUGAGGAUGCUCUUGAAACUGCUACUGCUUUAGAUAAACAUCAAGAAGAAACAGGUGAUGUGAUUGGACCAUUACAUGGAUUACCAAUCUCUUUAAAGGAUAAUUUCAACAUUAAAGGUCAAGCUACUACUAUUGGUAUUGUUAAUUUCUGUUUUAAUCCAGAAUCAUUUGAAGAAGAUGCUGUAUUGGUUAAAUUAUUGAGAGAAAGAGGAGCUGUGUUUUAUGUUAAGACAAAUGUUCCUGUCGCUAUGAUGAUGCCAGAAUCAAUUAACCACAUUUGGGGUAAUACAGAUAAUCCCAUGAAUAGAUUACUUAGUGCUGGUGGAUCCUCAGGAGGUGAAGCUGCAUUAAUCAAGUUAAGAGGUUCAAUUAUCGGUGUUGGUCUGGAUAUUGGUGGUUCAGUACGUAUUCCAGCUUCAUUUCAAAAUUUAUAUGCUAUAAAACCAACUUUUGGUAGGUUCCCAACUUAUGGAGCUAGAUCAGGUUUAGCAGGGCUCGAAUCAGUCAGUAGUGUUAAUGGGCCAUUAACUAAUACUUUGGAAGAUUUGGAAUUUUAUUGUAAAUCAGUUGUUGAUUGUGAGCCAUGGUUAUAUGAUGGUAAAUGUAUUGAAAUUCCAUGGAGAAAAAUUGAAUUACCAGAGAAAUUAAACAUUGCCAUAUGUGCUGAUAAUCUUAUUGUUAGACCAACUCCACCCAUUAGAAGAGGUGUUUCCAUGGUUAAGGAAGCUUUAAUUAAAGAUGGUCAUGAUGUCAUCGAUUGGGAUCCAACUGAUCAUUUAAGAUUAUCUGAUAUUAUCACAAGUUUCUUCUUAAGUGAUGGAGGUGUUCAUGUUAUCAAAGAAACUGAAGCAACGGGUGAGACUUUAUUUCCUUAUAUGGAAAUGUAUGGUACCACUCCAGAAAUGAAAGUUUCAGAAUUAUGGAAAUUACAUGUAGAAAGAACUACUUUGAUUAAAAAGUAUCUUGAUAGAUGGUUAGCUACUGCUGCUCUUACUAAGAAUGGAAAACCAAUUGAUGCAAUUAUUACACCGGUCACUCCAUUUCCAGGAAAUCCAAAUGGUAAAUUCCAUGAUAGUGUAGCUUAUACAUCACCAUUCAAUUUAUUAGAUUAUUCAGUUGGUAUUUUCCCUGUAACCAGAGCUCAUAAAGAUUUAGAUCCAGUUGAUGAAUCAAGUACUAAUUAUUGUGCAACAGAUAGUAAAGUUUGGAAAGAUUAUAAUGCUGAAGAAAGUCAUGGUGGUGCAGUUGCUUUACAAAUUGUUGGAAGAAAAUUCCAAGAAGAGAAACUUAUUGAAAUGAUGAAAGUUAUCGAUGAACUUAUCAAUUACUCUGAUUAG